CCGCCUGUUUACAUCUGUGUUUAAUGAAGAGUGUACAGUAGAGAUUAAAUGUCUUUUGUUGUCAAUUGUAUGGGGUGGGAUUUAAACUAGUACAUUCUAAUAGCUGAGAGAGCGAACAGUGUUCACAACAAUGUAUUGGAAAUGUUUUAAGACAUAGCUUGGGAUUUACCUCUCUCUUCUACUACUAUCUAUUAUUAUUAUAAGCAUUUAUCUAUCAUGGCUUUAGUUCUCCAUUUGAAAUAUGCUGAAAAUUUACGAGGAAAAGGAGACCGUUUGGCUAAAGUCACUUUUAGAGGAGUAGCACACUACACAAAGAUUGUUGACUCAGAAGACUCGGCAUUCUAUGAUGAGGUCUUUGAGUGGCCUGUGGCACGUCCGAUUGAAAAGGAUGAAUUUAUUGAUAUACAGAUUCUUAAUUAUAAUAAAUACCUCAGCAAUAGACUAAUAGGUACCUUUAGAAUGAUACUACAAGAGUUGAUUGAAGUGGGAACUGUCAAGAUCUCUGACAAUCUACUGGAUGGAAACAAUGUUGUUAUGAAGACAACAGUGACCUUUGAACUUACAUAUAAUGCACCAGAUGGGUCAGUUGGUAUGUGGCAAAGAGGUGGCUUUGAGAAACUUAAAACGGAUGAAUUACGGCAGCCAUUAUCUGAAGAUGAACUGAACAUUUUAAAUAUCAAACGAAGUCGUAGUGGAGAUCGUCAGAGUGAUGGCAGUGACACUAUUUCUAUUGCAUCAACUAAGUCAUCCAUUAGAGGGUCAAAGUUGAGUCUGGCUUCAUCGAAGGGUGGAGGCAGAUCUCCAAGACAUUCGAAGGUGUUUAAGUCAGCUGUACAGAUGAUGAUGACUGUGAACAGACGACCGUCAGGAGUGUUAGAUGAUAAAAUAUCUUUACUGGAACCCGAACCUGAACUAGAGGACACAAGUUUGGAUGCUAAGGCAGCAGAGAUGGCCUCAUUACUGGGUCGAAGGUCAGACAUGGAUGAUGACAAUGCAAGUGAUGGCCGUGCAUCAACAAUCACAACACCAAUUACACAGAGAAGAAACAGAGGGAAAUCACCUAAUAUUGAACCUCCAUCUUUAAAAGCUCAGGACUUUCAGAUCUGUGUAACAGUUAUAGAAGCUCGACAGUUAGCUGGUGUAAAUAUGGAUCCAGUUGUUUGUGUUCAAGUAGGAAAUGAGAAAAAAUACACAAGUGUCAAAGAAUCAACAAACUGUCCUUAUUACAACGAGUAUUUUGUAUUUGACUUUCACAUGGCUCCUGCAAUGUUAUUUGAUAAAAUCAUCACACUGACAGUAUGUCAGUCCGGCAGACUUCUACGCAGUAAUAAACCAUUAGGAAUGUAUAAAUUGGAUGUAGCCACUGUCUAUGCAAGUCAAGAUCACCAGUUUUACCAUAAGUGGGCCAUGUUAACCGACCCAGAUGACAUCAAUGGUGGUCUAAAGGGAUACCUCAAAUGUGAUAUUGCUGUAAUAGGCAAAGGAGAUUCCAUAAAGGUUCCUCCAAAAACAGACAAAGAUGAGGAUGAUAUUGAAGGAAAUCUGUUGUUACCAGAUGGUGUGUCCUCUGACAGAUCACGUGCCAAAUAUGUGAUACGUAUACACAAAGCUCAGGGCCUACCUAAGAUGAAUACAGGAAUCGUGGCCAAUGUUAAGAAAGCAUUUACUGGUGAAAGUAAAGAUUUGGUAGAUCCUUAUGUUAAAGUGUCUUUUGCUGGUCAUAUAGGCAAAACAGAUGUACAGAAAGGGUUCUAUGAACCUAUAUGGAACCAACAGAUAGUCUUCACAGAAAUGUUUCCACCACUGUGUCGGAGACUCAAAAUACAACUACGGGAUAAAAAUAAAGUCAAUGAUGAUGUUAUAGGAACCCACUUUUUAGAUCUAGCCAAAAUAUCUAAUGAAGGAGACAAAGGUUUUCUGCCAACUUUUGGUCCUUGUUGGAUAAAUUUGUACGGAUCAACAAGAGACUACAGCCUUUUAGACGAACACACCCACCUGAAUGAUGGACUUGGAGAAGGAGUGUCCUACAGAGGCAGACUAUUGAUUUCCAUGAAAACAGAAAUUUUAGAGAAUUCUGACUCUUCUUGUCCAGCCUCUGUAGAAUUAGAGAGUGCAUUACCUGUACCUGAGAAUGCAGUUGGGAAACCAGAAGAGUUUUUCCUUUAUGGUUGUGUUAUUGAGUCUACCAUGAUAGACAAGAAAUAUGCAGAUAAACCAGUUCACUUUGAAAUCAGUAUUGGAAAUGCAGGAAACACAUUAGAUGGUUAUAACCCACCAACAAAGAAAAAACGCAACGACAGUAGUAGUGAGGAAACCGACUCGGAUGAAUCAGCUGAUGAAGAUCAACCAUUAGUAUCCACCACCGUUCCUUCUGAACAACCAAAAUGGCACAGUACAACUCCACCAUUACGACCUAAUUCUAGAGACAAGUUUUAUUAUACUUUGCCGUACUAUGAGGACAAGCCAUGUGUUUAUGUAAAGCAGGUUUUUGAGGACCAUAGAAGGAGAAUGUAUAACACUAACAUUAUAGACAAAAUAGCAGAAAAACUGGAGGAUGGCAUUCAUGAUUUUAAUCACAUGAUCAAUGAGGAACAACCUUUCCCAGAAAAACGAUUAAGGGGUGUGUUUGAAGAAUUAGGAUCAGGCUGUUCUAAGUUUGUUUCUAUAGUUAGAAGCACUACCGCUGGUUCAGGAGCAGGCAAAACUAAGUUGGAUAAAGAAAGGCAGAAAUUAUUACUACGAGAAAUGGAUCAGUUGUCCACUAUGGCCAGAACAAUGAAAGCUACAACGACAAAAAGUAACAUGAAAGAUAAACUACGCUAUGCAAACCAGUUCUUACAGAAACUGAAAAAUAUCUCUCAGGAGCCCCAACAUGCCCUCCCUGAUGUAUUCAUAUGGAUGAUCAGUGGACACAAACGAUUGGCCUACCAGCGAUUACAUGCCAAGGAUCUUAUCUACUCCAUUGUUGAUGAAGAAAGAGGAAAAGAUUGUUCUAAAGUGCAGACAUUAUUCUUAAAGUUACCAGGAAAGAAGGCUACCAGUGUAGCAGGUUGGGUAAUACAGGCUAAAGUACAAGUGUACUUAUGGUUAGGACUGACAAAACAUAAAAAGGACUUUCUUACUGGUCUUCCUGGUGGAUAUGAUCAAAACUCACUUAUGCAAAUAGCUAAUAAACCUCAUGGUGUUCCCCCGCCAUUUAUACAUUUUACAGAGAGACAAACAUUCCAAGUAAGAGCCCACAUGUACCAGGCUAGAAGUCUGAUUGGUUCUGAUGCCUCAGGACUCUCAGAUCCUUUUGCUAGAGUUGUGUUUAACAACCAAAGUGUUGCUACACAAGUGAUUGAGGAGACACUGAGUCCAACCUGGGAUGAAAUGUUAAUCAUUAAUGAGGUGGAGAUGUAUGGAUUGAUGCAGGAAAUAGCCAAAUAUCCACCAACUAUUAUAAUAGAACUCUUUGAUCAAGAUAAAGUGGGAAAAUCAGAAUUUAUUGGUCGAGCAGUGGCAAGACCCAUUGUAAAGAUGAGCUCUGAAAGUUAUGACGGACCUAAAUUCCCUCCACGUUUAGAAUGGUGGGAUAUCUACAGAGGUCCUGACAAAGCAGGAGAACUUUUAGCAGCUUUUGAAAUACUCCAGUUAUCUGCCUUUGGUGAUAUGAAAGGUGGUGAAGAUUUACCUCCCUUAGAAAUGCCAGAACAAGGAGAGAAAGAUCGUGGCCCUGUUAUGCCUGUACCUAAAGGCAUACGACCAAUACUCAGUAAACACAGAAUUGAGGUUUUAUUCUGGGGAGUUCGAGAUCUUAAGAGAGUCCAGUUAUCAACAGUGGAUAGACCAAGAAUAGACAUUGAAUGUGCUGGGUCAGUUAAACAAUCAUCUGUUAUACAGCAUACCAAGAAAAAUCCAAACUUCAGUGUACUGGUUAAAUCAUUUGAUGUGGAAUUGCCAGAAAAUGAAAAUUACUGUCCCCCUAUUACAAUAAGAUGUAUAGAUUGCCGUAACUUUGGACGAUAUGUGUUGGUUGGUACACAUGUAAUUAACUCUAUACACAAGUUCAUGUACAUUCCUACUACAAAGAAAGCAAAGGCCGCUCUACAAAAGUUAUUCCCUGGAAAAGACCCUGAUGCUCCAAAAAUUAUUGGCCCUCAAGUUUCAGUAAAGGUUGAUGAUGUAGCCAUCACUAUGCCAGAUGAAAGAUUACCACUCAUCAACAAAAACAGACCACUUGCAAUUGAUGCGGCGGACCAAAAGAAACAAAAAACAGCAGAAAAUAAACGAAAGAAGAAAUCUUUGCCUGAGGAUGAGGAUGACCUUGACGUUGAUAAUUUAGAUUGGUGGAGUAAAUACUUUGCUUCUGUUGAUACAUUGAUACAGGAUCCCAAUUUGACACCUGACGAGGAACAUGAUAAAAACAAAAGGAAUGAUAUCAUCGACCCAGUUGACCUUGACAAUCAGACAGAUAUACCAAUGAACAAUAAUCAGGGAACAACUCCAUAUGGCUCUAUACCUAAUGGUGACAGUAAAAAUGAAGAUGAUCCAGAUUAUAACCCAAAAGAAGCAAAGAAGAUGGAGGCCACCUUAAAAAAGAUGGAGAAACAAGAUGAGAAGAGAACAUUAAAAGGCACAGCAAAAGCAGUCACUCUUGCCUCAAAAAUGUCUCCUAAAGCUCAACGCAAGAAAGAUAAAGCCAAAAACACAACAUCUCAGUUAAAGUCUAUAUCAUCUAAUGUUGGCAUGUUUCUCAACAAAGCAUUUGAUAUGGGUGAACAAGAGGAGGAGGAAUCAAUACCACUCACAAGGGACAAAGAAAUAUUUAAGGUUUAUCCAUAUGAAUUAGAAAGUGUUCCAGAAUUCAAUGGCUUCACCGAUUGGCUGCAUACUUUUGAAUUAUAUCGUGGUAAAAGCACAGGAUCUGCAGAAGAUGAUGAAAGUCGAAUUGUUGGGAAAUUUAAGGGAUCACUUAAGAUUUACAAGAUACCACUGCCAGAUGAUAUAGAGGACACGGCAGUAGGGGGAGGUAACCCACAACUAGGAUUGUUCCAGGGAUUGCCUGGUAAUGAACCAAUCAAAGUUCUAGUCAGAGUUUAUGUUGUCAAGGCAACCGAACUCCAUCCAGCUGAUAUAAAUGGAAAAGCCGAUCCGUAUCUUGUCAUCCGACUGGGAAAUAACACGGUCAAUGAUAAGGAAAACUAUAUCUCCAAACAACUUAAUCCCGUCUUUGGAAAAUGUUUUGAGAUGGAAUCCACUUUUCCAAUGGAAUCCUUCCUUACUGUCCAAGUGUACGAUUGGGAUUUGGUUGGCAUGGAUGACUUGAUUGGUGAAACUAAAAUUGACCUUGAAAACAGAUAUUACAGCCGACAUAGAGCCACUUGUGGCAUUUCAAAUAAAUUUGAACUAGCUGGAUACAAUGCCUGGAGAGAUCCUAUGAAGCCUACCCAGGCAUUAGCCAAGCUAUGUAAGGAUGGUAAAAUAGAUGGUCCCCAUUACCAGCCAGGGAAAGUACGAGUGGCUAAUCGUAUCUUUACACAGCCUCUCGUGGCAAAUGAUGAUGAGGAUGGAGCAACAAGUCAGGAAGAAAACCUUGCUCUAUCAGUAUUAAAGCAUUGGGAAGAAAUACCAAAAGUGGGUUGUAAACUGGUCCCAGAACACAUAGAAACCAGACCACUUUAUAACCCUGACAAACCAGGCAUAGAACAGGGUAAAAUUGAGAUGUUCGUUGAUAUGUUUCCAAUGGAUAUGCCUGCACCUGGACCCCCUGUUGAUAUUAGUCCCAGGAAACCAAAAAGUUUUGAGCUGAGAUGUAUAAUAUGGAAUACAGAUGAUGUUGUAUUGGAAGAUGAUGCAUUCUUUACUGGAGAGAAAAUGAGUGAUAUUUAUGUGAAGGGUUGGAUUAAAGGCCAGGAAGAUAUGCAGAGUACAGAUAUUCAUUAUAGGUCCCUAACUGGGGAGGGAAACUUUAACUGGAGAUUCUUGUAUCCUUUUGAUUAUUUGGUUGCUGAAGAGAAGAUUGUAAUUUCACGGAAAGAAUCCAUGUUUUCCUGGGAUGAAACAGAAACAAAGAUCCCACCACGGUUAAAUCUACAAGUUUGGGAUGCUGAUCAUUUCUCCGCUGAUGAUUUUCUUGGGGACUUAACACUUGAUCUUAACCGUUUCCCACGUGGAGCAAAGUCUGCCAAAUUAUGUACCUUAGAUAUGUUGAAAACGGACGGGUCUGUCCCACAGAUGUCACUGUUCAAACAGAAGCGUGUUAAAGCAUGGUGGCCAUUUGUUGUCAAGAAUGAUGACGGAGAGUAUGAAUUGACAGGAAAAGUUGAAGCUGAGUUACAUCUAAUGAGUAUUGAGGAAGCAGAAAAACACCCAGCAGGUGCAGGAAGGAACGAACCAGACCCACUAGAAAAACCAAAUCGACCAGAUUCUUCAUUUAUGUGGUUUCUAAAUCCCUUCAAAUCUCUCAAGUACAUCUUAUGGCACAACUAUAAGUGGAUGAUACUGAAGCUCCUACUGGUAACCCUACUGAUUGCUUUACUGGUUCUAUUCUUCUAUGCUAUGCCAGGUUACACAGUCAAAAGGAUGUUUGGAGCCUGAUUGGAACUUCAUUGAAAGAGAGUUAAUGCUAAGUCAAAAGAAACAUUUUAUGCAUGUUUGUCAUGAAAAGAGAAGUUUUUACAUUGCAAGUCUUUAUACUACAGCACAUACAAUUUUGUAUGAAUAUUUUUUAUUGUUAUUAUUUAUUGUAUAUAAACAUUCCAAACUAUCUGUGAUUAACAGGAGUUUUAUUGGGAGGACAAAUACUUCUGUUAUAUUGUUUGUCCAAUGAAAUAAUGGUGAUUGAAAUGUAAAAAGUAAUAUACCCAGAUCAAAUGGAAGUAAAUAUUUAUGUGAGUUAAUAUGUGUUCAGGUAAGAUUUACACAAAACAAAAGAAUUUUGAUCUAUUAAAAGAUUGUUUAAUUGUGAUUAUGAUGUGGAUAAACUGCCACAUUUCUGUUUGUUUUGAUGAUAAGUUUUGAAUCUUUCUUCUAUCCAUUAUAUGUAAUUAUUGCUAUGAAAUAUAUUUGUUAUAUAUAUAUAUGUUGAAAGGGACUGCAAAUGAUACAGUAC